AUGAUGGGCAAUCCCGCAUGGCUUCCUCAGCCAGUUCAGCUGCAUUCAAGCCGCGCAUUCGUAUGCGAUCCACUGACUGCCGAACAAUGCGCCUGGUAUAAGCAACGCUGGCACUAUUGGUACAUUGCCGACCAUGUUUUUGCUCUGCCAACAAUUGCAUUUUUUAUGUGCGCCAUCGGCAUUUUCAUUAUUGGCCAUUUCAUAUCGGAAAUCCUUGGCUACCGACGAUCUCGAGGGCCUCUACUAUGGCGGAAACUGGUUGCCGUUGUUCGAUAUCUCUCUUACCGUGGUUUUCACGUCAAGUCGUUAAAAUGGAACUCAGCCCCGGUUGGAAUUCUUCUGUUGGGACUUGCCGGGGCCAUCUUCUUCUUCUGUAUGGACUUGAUUCCACAGCCUUAUUAUUGGUCAACUAAGAUAUACGGCAAUUCGCCUGCCCUGGCGACCAGAUCUGGAUGGUUGAGUCUGGCAUGUAUGCCAUUCAUCUUUGCAACCGCAAGCAAGACGAAUUGGAUCACACUGCUGACGGGAGUUUCGUAUGAGAAACUCCAAGUCUUCCACAGAUGGAUUUCCUAUGCCUUUUUUGUCCUUGCUCUCAUGCACACAUUCCCAUUCAUUGUAUACCACAUCCGAUUUCAUGACAUGCAGCACCAUUUUUCGUCCAAUCUCGUAUUUUACUGGACCGGCAUCGUUGCGUUGAAUUUUCAAGCAUGGCUCACCUUUGCGUCUCAUAGCACAAUCCGAAAUCUCGGUUACGAAUUCUUCAAAAUGACGCAUUUCAUCGCUGUCGUUCUAUUCAUGUUGACAUUCUUUUGGCACUGCGGCUUUAGGCUCAGUUCAUGGGACUAUUUUAUCGCUACGGCCGCUGUAUAUGUUCCCUGUUAUGUCUACCCCUGGCUCCGAACCUACUUUGAGUACGGCGUCGGUCAGAAAGCUCAGCUUCUUGUGGAAGACAAUGGCUUCAUUCGCAUCACAGUUCCGGUUCAGUUCAACUGGAAACCCGGGCAGCAUUGUUUCCUGCGAUUUACAAGCUUUGGUCUACUACACACUCUAUCGUCUCACCCUUUUACUAUCUGCUCUUUGCCUGCUGCGGGACCGAAUGAGCAAUCUGAACUCGUUUUUUAUAUUCGUCAGGGAAUCGGCCUCACUGCUAAGUUACAGCAACAUGCUCUUCAACAGCCUGGAAGUUCGGUGCCCGUGCUCAUUGAUGGUCCCUACGGAGGUAUCAAUGAGCAGCAGUAUUAUGAUGGUGAACAUCUCCUCGUCAUUGCAGGGGGCUCGGGCGCAGGCUGCAAGAUCGUUUCUAAAAGCGCCGGCUCUGGGCCUCUCUCGCUGCGUGUCAUCAUGGUCACUCGAGACAUCAAUAGCCGGACAUGGUUUCUCCGUGCCAUCAAUGAGCUGUUAGCAAAGUCUUCAGCAACAGAUUCAUCUCAUAUUGACGUACAUGUCUAUCUGACCGGACCGGAUUCACAAAAUGUCAAUUCAACGCCUAUAGCUGUUGACCAGGCUUCGAAAGAAUCCGACGCGUUGGCAGAUGAUAAAAUCAUCACAGAAGAGGGACACAAGCUUAUUGUGCCAGAGAAAGAAUUCCAGGGCCGGCCACAGUUACCUCAACUUAUCCACGAGGAGGCAACCAGGGUAUUAGAAUCUGGGCAAUCGCUCAACGUCUAUGUUUGUGGACCUACUACAAUGCAGAACGAUGUACGAAAUGCUGCCGCCGAGGAAAACCUGAACAUUAUUACAGGUUCGAAAGCCGGCCAAGUCUAUUUUCACGCGGAACAUUUCUCGUGGGCAUGA